GCGGGCGGCUGAAAAGUGUGUUUACAUCGGCUGCCUGCGUGACGCCGCUCCCGUGUUCUGUUGUUUCGUUUUAACGAGUUAAAACAUGGUGCAAACGUGCUGUGUCGUUAAAUGCCACAAUCGUUCACAUGAUCGCUUCGGUAAGAAAAACGUUGAGCUGAGAUUUUUCUCAUUUCCAACGUGGAAGCAGAGACAGGGACCUCGGAUCCGCGAGCUAACAAAGAGACGCCGAAUGGCCUGGGUAGCAGCCGUGAGACGACCAAACAUCACUUUCAACGUAAUCACCCGACACAUGCUGGUGUGUUCACGGCAUUUUCAGACCGGGAAACCUGCUUAUGAAAUGAAUGAAACUCAUCCAGACUGGGCUCCCUCGUUACAUCUCGGACACACGGAGGUGAAAGUUCCAGAUAACGAGAGAUUUCAGCGGAGGUUACGGAGAAUGAAGAGUUUAGCGGCAGUUAGCAGUGCCACUGCUACACCUCCAGAUGUGGCUGCAUUAGUAGCUCCACAGAAGUUAGAACAACACGGAGCAACACAUGUAACUCCAUCAACUGAUGAGGCUACACAGCCGCCGGACGUGGAGCAAGCCCCACUACAGGAUGAGCUAUGUGUCACUUGUAGAUGUAUGGAUGGUGAAAUGAAGUCCAUCCGUGUUGAGAUGAACAGCUUGCUCGAGGAGAACGUGACUUUAAAGAAAGAGCUCUCGGCAACGAUGAUGGACGAGGCGUUCUUUAAUGGGGACGACGAGAAGGUGAAGCACUACACUGGACUACCGUACUGGACUUUACUACAGGCUUUGCACACUGUCAUUAUUCCGUGCCUAACAAAGGCAGGCAGAAAACUGUCUCCUUUCCAAAUGCUCCUCCUGACUCUGAUGAGGUUGAGACUGCAUCUGCCUCAACAGCAUCUUGAAUACCUUUUCCAGAUAAAUCACACCACAAUGUGUGAAAUAUUUAGAGAGACAAUUAGUGUGCUGCAUUUCCAUCUGGCUCCUUUGGUACACUGGCCUGCUAGACAUUGUCUACAACACUCAAUGCCACAACAGUUUGUAGAGACAUUUGGCAGCCGGGUUGCAGUUAUUCUCGACUGCUUUGAGAUUGGCACUGAGAAGCUCUCAAAUUUAAAAGCACAAUCACAGACCUACUCCCACUACAAGCAGGAACACACUGUUAAGUACCUGACAGGCAUCACCCCACGGGGGUCUGUCUCAUUCAUUUCUAAAGGGUGUGGAGGACGUGUAAGCGACAAGCACCUGACCGAGCAGUGUGGCAUCCUCAAUAAACUGUUACCGGGAGAUUUGGUUUUGGCAGACCGUGGAUUUAACAUUGGGGAUGAAGUUGGACUUAUGUGUGCCGAGGUGAAAACCUCAGGCUUCACAAGAGGACAAGCUCAAAUGGACCCAAAAUCUGUGGAGGAGACGCGGGAGAUGUCUCACUUAAGGGUCCAUGUGAAAAGAGUUAUGGGUUCGGUAUGCAACAAGUAUCACAUACUUCAGCACACCAUACCAGCGAGCUUUCUGGUUCCACUUGAGGGUGAGGAAUUUUCCUUCAUUGACAAGAUUGUGGCUGUGUGCUGUGCUUUAAGUAAUAUGUCUCCCAGUAUUGUCAUUAAACAAGAAUAUACCAGCUGGUGAUUGAGACACAGAGUGAGUGAAUUGGAAGGAAAAAAAACAGACUGUACACUGUAUCUUCUUCAUGUAUUUUCAUUUUCUG